ACGUUGUUCACGCAAAUAUGGCGUAUCGCGAGUGGGCGCUGUCGCGUCGCGAGAUGGCUGUAUACUUCGCUCUGAAUUGAAAUUUACAUAGCGUUAGAUGUCAUCAUUUUGCACGUUCUACAGUAAUCUGGAGUGUUACUUCACAUGCGACUUUUCAUUUCCUACCAGGAGUUUUUUUGAUGGUAUGACGAACGAAUAAAACGACGUUUGCGGGCUAUUCGUGCGAACAGUAGCAUUACAAAUAUGCCAUGGAGCUGCAGCCACAGCGCAUCAGAAGCAUCCACUGCAAAUGUGGGCAGAGCACUUUGGACAGUUCACGGUUUCUUCAAAUGCUGCACAUUAUGCCAAGAUGAUGGAAGGUGGGAGGGCCAGUCCAGUCUGAAGUCUCCAGUGGAACUUCCUCCGCCCAAAAUGAAUCGAAGUUACAUGCAACAUGGUGCGAUGGAGAUUCAAGAUGUGCGCAGCCUUACAGAGAAUGGCAUCUUGGCAGAUGCCUCUGCACUUCUCACAGAGGCAUCUUCUGGGGAGUCUGCGGUGGCUGCCUUGCCCGUGGUCAACUUGAGCAUUCCUUUUCUCAGCGGCACACAAAGCAUCAUGAUUGGGACCACCCAGGAUGGUUCAGGAGCAUUUGUAGUGGAUGCUUCUCAGCUUUCCCUGCUUACCUCCAGUGGUGUCUUUGCAGACGGUGUCCUCCAACUUUCUGUCCAGGGCAAUGAUGACACAGAGCAACUGGUAGUGCUCCAACCACAAGAAAUGGCUAGCCUGGAAAGCAGUGGCACAGCACCUCUAAUGGAGUUGAGCACAAACGUGCCUGCAGGCAUGCCACUGAUUACACUGCCUGAAGCUGACACUGCUAAAAAAUUGCCACUUGCAGUCCAGAAAGUAGAUGACAUUGGGCCUCCUGUUGGCAAGGGCCCAUUCAAGUGCAGCGUCUGCAGCACGGAGUUCCCAAAGUGGAGCCAGCUACAGCGGCAUGAGCGAGCACACGCUGAAGACAAACCUUUCAAGUGCUCACGGUGUGAAGCAUCCUUCAACCAGGAGUUGAACCUUCGGUUGCACAUGGCCACUCAUCCAGGUCCGGGACAGCCAUCCUGCCCAGAGUGUGGCAAAUCGUUUGCACGCCUGGCCAGCCUCAAGGCACACCUGAUGCUGCACCAGAAGGAGGAGAACCUGAUAUGUGCUGAGUGUGGCGACGAGUUUAGUACACAGGCACGCCUUGACCGCCAUGCCCAGGAGCACAAGGAUGAGCUUUCUAAAGUCAAGUACUACUUCUGCCGCCAGUGCCCCCAAAGGUUCUGCAAGCAGCCACUUCUUAAGGAGCACAUGAAAAUGCACUACAAAAUUAAGGCAUCCCUCUCUCAUCGAACAUACAAGAAAAAUAUUGAUCGCUCAUCAUUUUCUCAUAAAUGUACAACAUGCAAGAAGCAGUUUCAGAAGCCCAGUCAGCUGUUGAGGCACAUCCGGAUACACACAGGAGAGCGACCCUUUGAGUGCAAGAUUUGCCACAAGACCUUCAAUCAGAAAGGAGCUCUCCAAAUUCACUUGAGUAAACACAGUGGGUUGAGACCACACCGCUGUGAGUUCUGCUCAGCUGCUUUCUCUCAAAGGGGCAACCUGCGUGCCCACAUCCAGAGGGUUCAUUCAGCGCCACCCAGUGACCAGAACACACCCAUGUUCAGGUGUCAAGAGUGCGCAUGCACUUUUCGGCGGCUGGGCAGCCUGAAUGCACACAUGAGCCGAGUGCAUUCCGGCCAGAUGAGCCUGUCAACCAACUUAUCGAAGAAGGAAGCAUUGGAGUCACUGUCCAAGAGUCUGCACCAGCAGACUUCAGUUGUCGUGGACACCCACCAUGAUGACUUGGAUGAAAGAGACCUGUUGAAUCGGAGCAAUGCGGACCUCUUACAACAAGUGCUUGUCAACAGCGGGCUCACUCACAGCCCUUCCACAAACAAUGCUGAGGCAAAGAAAACACCAUCACCAUUACCGCUGCCACCACCUCCUCCACCGCCACCACUACCCCCGCCACCGCUACAAGAAGUACCAUCUGUCACAAAGGACAGUUUAUUGCCACCUCCUUCGAAUCCAAUUGAGACAGCAGUAGAAAAGGUGGCUUCUACAACUGAGCGUGCAAUGGUGAUGUCUGUUGCUGACACUGCAACAGGCCAAAUCAAGAUGCACAUCUAUAGGAUGGUGGGAAAUGUGCGCUGGCACCAGUGCAUGUAUUGCUCCAAGGAGUUCAAAAAACCAAGUGAUCUUGUGCGGCAUAUCCGGAUACACACUCAAGAAAAGCCCUACAAGUGUAAUAACUGCUUUCGUGCCUUCGCUGUCAAGAGCACCCUGACGGCACACAUUCGGGCCACCCAUCUGGGUGUCAAGCAAUUUCAGUGCCCCACCUGCCAGCACCUGUUCUCUACAAGGGGCUCCCUGAAAGUCCACAUGCGAAUUCACACAGGGGACAAACCAUACACAUGUGGAAUUUGCAACAAGAGCUUCAGCUCAUCUGGGCGCUGCAAGAUGCACGUGGCCUCUCAUUGUCGAGAUGGAGAGAAUUCAAGUUUUUCUGCAAACCUUCAUGGUGGCACAGGGGUCCUUUCAGAGGAUCUUUCAUCAUUCAUUCCCAUUCAAGAGCCCAUCUUCAUCUCUCAACCCAAUGGUGAGGCAGCCCUUGAUGACGGAGAUCUCAAGAGACCACCAGCUAUUCAGGAACGACCCUACAAGUGCAGCAUUUGCCCACUGGGGUUCAAGAAGUCCAGCCACCUGAAGCAGCACAUCCGCUCACACACAGGCGAAAAGCCCUUCCAAUGCAAUGAAUGCCAACGGAAUUUUGUCUCUAAUGGUGUUCUCAAAGCUCAUGUAAAGACUCACACAGGCAUCAGGGAGCACAAGUGUAAUAUUUGUGAUGCAACAUUUACUACUAAUGGUUCCUUGAAGCGACACAUGUGCACUCACACAAGUGCCAGGCCAUUUAUGUGCCCAUACUGCCAAAAGACCUUCAAGACCUCAGUGAGCUGCAAGAAGCAUAUGAAAAUUCACCGUGGAGAGCUGAUCCUGCAGAGGAGUGGUUCACAGACCCAAGGGGAACAAGUGGAUGGCACAGCAGCUGCUGUUCUCUCUGACUCGCUUGUGGAGGCCUUGGUGCCUGUUAACCCUGAUGUCGUUAUGGGCCAGAACCACAGCGACCUGGAUGCAGCAGUCCCUGUUGUGGAGGAGCUCGUACAGGGCAGUUCAGUUGAACCAGGCGAUCCUGGUGGCUUUGUUGCACAAGAGGUUUUAGUGCAGGACAACUUGCAGCAGUUACAAGGGACCUUGUUUGGUGGCCAGAAUGACCAAGUGGACCUUGGACAGGCAACACAGGUGUUCUCACAAAAUGGCUUUUUCUCACAAACGUUGCCACAGCUUACAUUGCAAGGCGAUGCCUUGGAUGUGGGCACUCUGGCUAACAGUUUUGUGACGUCAUCACUUGGAACACCAACUGAGCUUGCUUCGGGCACACCUGAAAAUGAUGAGCUGGUUGGUGAGCUCCCAGUAGCCCAUGAUGAUGCUAAUCCGACCUUAUCACAAGAGUCAACACUGCAGCAGGCAGCACAGGAUGCUCUGCGUGGCACAGAAGUGGAUGCAGGAGAUGAUGACAAGCCUUUUGUGUGCACAGUCUGUGACAAGCGAUUCAAGCGAUCUACGUACCUCAAGUCUCACAUGCGGUGCCACUUUGCACGCAUGGCCUCCCAGAAGAAUUACGUCUGCCAGCAAUGCGGUGCAUGCUUCACCACAGCUUUCUCUCUGAAACGACAUGCUGUUAGUCACACGCAGGAGUUGCACUGUGACAGUUAUGUCUGCGCAGUUUGCUCCCUUGCUGUACAAACUGCUGCACAGCUUCGACGACAUGCAUGUCAGCAUCAUGUGGCUGACAAAGAAAAGGCAGCUGAAGACUUACCGGCUGAGAGCGCAGAGCCAGCUGUGGCUGUUGAUGAAUCUCAAAGGGUGUCAAGACGUCUGGCAGAGAAAGUGAAUGCUUCUAGCACACAACGUAAAUUUGUCAAAUUUACAGAGGAGCAGUCAAGAGAGUUGGCACAGAAGGAUCCUAAAGAAUCUACUUUAUCUGUUUCGGAAAGAGCCCUGAUUGCUACUGCUGCUGAAAAAGACCGGGAGACGCGAGAGUGGGAAAAGCCACCUGUUGCUGAGCACCCCAACCGAUGUGACAUGUGCCCCAAGAGUUUUCGGAAGCCAAGUGACUUGGCACGGCACAUACGCAUCCACACUGGUGAGCGACCUUUCUCAUGCGAGAUAUGCCAAAAGUCCUUCACGGUCAAGUCCACUCUCGACACACACCGUCGCACCCACCGAGGCGAACGCAACUAUCCCUGCCAUAUCUGCUCUUCCUUCUUCUCCACCAUGGGCAGCCUCAAAGUGCACAUGCGGCUGCAUACAGGGUCUCGUCCUUUCAAGUGCCCCCACUGCGACCUUCGAUUUCGGACAUCUGGUCAUCGCAAAAGCCACAUUCUGACACAUUUCAAGAGUGGAGGCGUGCGGCGCCGCAGUCGUCUGCAGCCACGAGAAGAGAAGGCUCCACAGGUGGCCAUCCUGGAAGAGCCCACUGAUGCAGAGGGAAUCAUGGAGGAGAUCCAGCUGCAGCUAGCUCCAGGAAUCCAGAUUACAGGCCUCAACCCUUCUACACAAACAGUGCAGAUUGAUGCUACCUUCCUGCAGCAUUUGCAGCAACUGCAGCAACAGGGCAACAUCAACAUCUCCAUAACUCCAUCAGCAGACUCCAGUGGUGCAGAUGUGGAGCAGCAACUAGAUGCUGCAUCAUUCCUUAUUCAGCAGGACGGUUCUGGUGGUGGCUCAAUAGUACUUGACCAGUCACUGCCCCUGGUUGCAUCAGAGGGCAAAAAUGGAGCAGUGACGUUUACAGUGGUGGAGCCCACUGGCCCAAACCAAGAGCCUGCAGUACAGGUGGCUGCUGCUGAGCUGGGCCUCGAUGAGCUGGCUGCAGCUGAAGGCAGUCUCAUGGAAAGCGCGGUCAUAGACGCAGCUGACCUGGUGGUACCUGCAGCCAUUACAGAGGCUGCUGUGGAGAAACAUAGGAAAACGGUGGAUGAUGGUGAUGGAGCACGGGUUCAUGUGUGUGAUCAGUGUGGAAAAUCCUACAAAAGGGCCAGCCAUCUCAAAGAACACCUUGAAUCGCACAAAAGCAAGGAGGAUAAAGGGAAGAAAGCUCCAUACCAAUGUCAAGAAUGCCCUAAGGCAUUUGCAAAGCCUAGCCAGCUAAAAAGACAUGAGCGAAUUCACACGGGUGAGCGACCUUUCCAAUGCAACUUGUGUAACAAAUCGUUUAAUCAGAACAAUGCCCUGCUUGUGCAUCUCAUCAAGCACACUGGUGAGAAACCUUUCAAAUGUGAUGCAUGUGGGAGUCAGUUUACUCAGAAGUGCAACCUUAUGGUACAUAUCAGAAGGGUACACAAAGCGGACGAGGCUACUUCCAAAGAGCCAGAAACCUGAUGUGUGACGUAUGGUUGCCAAUUCUCUUUGCAUGAAUGUGCUAACAAAGUGAAAUUAUUUAUUUUGAAUGUGAAAAGUGCUGGUAGCAUAUUUAAUUGUUAAGCACCUGCUGUUUCUUUCUUGAUAAGUUUAUUGAUGUUUUGUUUUGUUUUGUCAGAGUCAUUUGAUGUAACACUGCGGAAGCUAGCCACGUAAAAUUAUACAACUGUUUCUUGUUAUUUACGAGCUUUACAGCAUAGCCUUUUCACUGUGCACCAACUCUGCAGUGCCUAUCAGCACAUCAUUAAAAAUCCAUUGUUGUCUUCCCCUCUCAGGCACCCACACAGUGCAGUAUUUCUCUUUUUUCUUUCUUUACCUUCUCUCUAUCUUGCAUGAGGAAAAAUUUGCAUGAGGUAGCGGAUGAGUUAGGGUGGAAGUAUAUUUCCCUAUUGCAUAGAACAAUCUUACAUUGCCUUUAUGAGCAUGUAACAACCACCAAACAUUCUAGCCGUAUUUAGUAUAUAUAUAAAGUGGAAUAAGUAAGUUGGAUGACAUUAAGAGAAAAAAAAUGGAGCUGGGCAGGCCAUGUAAUGCAUAGGAUGGAUAAGCGGUGGACCAUUAGGGUUACAGACUGGAUACCAAGAGAAGGGAAGGGCAGUCGAGGACGGCGGAAAACUAGGUGGGGUGAUCAAGUUAAGAAAUUUGCCGGUGUAAGUUGGAAUCAGCUAGCGCAUGACAGGGGUAAUUGGAGAUCGCAGGGAGAGGCCUUCGUCCUGCAGUGGACAUAAAUAUAGGCUGAUGAUGAUGAAUAUGAAGUAAGUUGGAACUAUACUCCAUCACACCAACACUGUGCAGUGCAAUGCAGGAAAGCUAUGACUGGUGUCAGCCAAUCUGGAAUAAAAGCGAACUGAUUUUUUCAAAGAAGGGAGGAAGACUUGCCCACUUUGUGCUACUGACUCUUCUGUGACCAUUCCACUUAACCGACGUUGUGCAGGAGAUUAGUGGAUCACAGUGGAGAUGCCCCUUUUCUGGUUCCCUUUUAUUGCGAUAGCAAUUAUAUGGACACUCCAAGCGGAUUUCUGUUGUCGCCGUGAGGUUCCGUAUGAAGUCCAACGGUGAUGAAACAGUCGCCCUGUGCUGUAAGCGGUAUGUGCGAGUGAAACCGCAUGAGGGACGCGCACUCUCACAGGGAGCGAAUGCACGGCAGAGAGCAAACGCGACUUCUUCCGUCGCGCGAAAGGCCGUGGGAGGGAGGGAGGGGA